AUGCAAAAGAGCCGUUCAAAAGGAUCCAGCACGGCGCAGAAGAACAGCGACGCGCCGCGUCCCUACAAGUGUCCGCUCUGCUCCAAGGCUUUCUACCGUCUCGAGCACCAGACCCGACACAUUCGAACCCACACGGGCGAGAAACCCCACCAAUGCACUUUCCCCGGCUGCACCAAGCGGUUUUCCCGCAGUGACGAGCUCACUCGACACGCCCGCAUCCACAGCAACCCCAAUUCUCGCAGAAACGCAGCAGCAGCGGCAGCCGCCGCUGCUGCAAAUUCCUCCACCGCGGCCCCCACUCUCCCGGCCUCCACUGCGACGGUGGCUGCUUCUCCCGCAUCAAACCCCGCCGGUUCCCACACGCCGAUGACUGCUAGCCCCGCCCCCAUGCGACCCUCCACCAACACCGUGACCGGCUUUACUCCCUCGGUCUUCCCCGUCGCUGCCGACUCCGCUUCGGCUGGCGUGCUGGCGGGGCAGGUGCCUCCCGGCACCACCGUCGCCAUGGUCACCACCGGAGCGAGCGGGGGCGUCGCGCUUAACACCCUGUACAACACCGUCGCCCCCGGCGGGGUGCCUGCGUCUCAGCAACCGCAAGCGAUGUAUCACGUGGUCGCCCAGAACGGACAAACUACCCUGGUCCCCGGCGGGGUCGAGGGUGCCCCGCUCACGCAGCAGCAGCAGCAACAAACUCAACACCAAAAGCCGAUCUACUUUGUCGCGAACCGCGGCUACUCUGUGGUCCCCGCGGUCCAGCAGACACAAUCGAUGGCUGCAGCCGGCACCGUCGUGUACGCGGCACAGGCCCGGCACCUACCCCGGCCCGCAGCAGCUGCAGAACGGCACCGCAGCCUUUGUCACGUCGGCCGCCCAGCAGAUGCUCCCGUCGAUGCAGCCGGCACAACAAACGCAGGCACACAGCAACAACAGCAGCAGCAGCCUCUGUCGCGUGUUGGCUCGUCGAACCGGUUAGACGAAAUGCAUUUGUUGGCUGCUGCCGCUUCGCAGCAGCAGCAGCAACAACAACAACAACAACAAAUGUUCGCUGCCCAACCAAUGAUGGCUCAGUUUUCUGAUGGACAGGAUCGGUCUGUGAAGCCCACUCUCCCUCCUAUCCACCAGGCGGUGGGUGCUUCCGUCGCAGGCAUCCCAAUCCCCAACUCGUCAUCGUCAGCAACAGCGACAACAACAGCAACGUCGUCCAGCGUCCACGGAACAUCGCCCAUGGGACCCCCCAGCAUGACUUCUUCGUCCAACAGUUCGUCCGUCUCGGCCAGUCCCAUCGCCGUUCCUCCCCCAUCGACAUCGCUGCCGCACAUGCCUAUGACUUCCUCAGGCAUGGCCUCAGUGGGAGGCAUGAAAUCGCCCCCCUCCUCGGCAGCAAGCGCCGCGUCAGUUUCCGUGUCCAGCAACUCUGCCUCCUCCACGACCGUGUCAUCGUCGUCCUCCAGCGCGACUUCUUCUGCAAUUAACGCAGGUCUGCCGAGGUUGAGCAGCACGGGCUCCUUGACUGCUUCGGUCUCACCCCCCAACGGCAACGGUGGUAGCAUGCAUCCUCCAUCCAAUCUUCCCCAUACCGCAUCCAACUCUUCACUUUCACUUGCUAGCAGCUCCACUUCGUCCGUUCCUAUUCAUUCUAUGUUCUCUGCCUCCACAACGCCUGCACCUCCGUCUCUGCGGCACGCUCACUAUGCCUACUCUCCGUACAGCAGGCCGGGCCAUAACGGCGCUCCGGGUUCACACACCAACGUGAAUGGCGGUGGUGAUGAAGACGGCGGCAAUGGCAGUGGUAGCAACUCGAACAACUACGAGUUUGCGCUUUCUCGCUUCCAGAGACGUUCGCGUCCUCCUUCCCCAUGCAGCACAGCCCCCAGCAGUCCAACAUUUUCGCUGCGAAGCUACAGCCCCACGCCGGACGUCACCCCACUCGUCACUCCUGCUCAUUCACCGCGCUUGCGUCCUGUUGAUUCUGAAUCAUCCUUGGUCAGCCUUCAGCUGCCUUCCAUUCGGAAUCUGUCCCUGCGAACGACGCCGCCCUCCAUCCCGCCGCUGGAAUGUGACCCUUCGACGGUCCAUUCCAACAGCGUGACGCCUGCCAUCCCAAUUUCACGCGCUUCGUCUGUCGUCUCGUUGUCCAACAUGUUGUCUCCGGCUACUCCAGGCUCGUUAGCGUCAAGCACCAACUCCAGCUACACUAAUCUCACAGGCUCUCUCGGCAACGUUCGACUCAGAUCGUAUUCUUCUUCCAUGCGCCAACGGUCUCGUAAAAUGUCCGCUACACGGGUAAGCGUAAACGCACUGUUGUCUGACACGUCGCCCACCAACGGAAAUGUGGCACCUUCGUCAGUGCCAUCCACCACCUCUUCUGCCAGACCCUCGCCUCCCUCUUCAAUGUCUCGUGAACCGUCUCUCUCGGCCGUCCCUACCACCCUAGCUCCGCCCACCGUCUCCUUUUCACUUUCGCCAUUCCCAAGGUGA